CUAUAUAUCGACUGUCACACGCGGUUUUCUCAAACGAGUUUUUACCUCUGAUUUGGAUUAACACAGCUGUUUGGAAUUUACCUGUUUGCUGUCACUAUAACCACGUGUGUUACCUUUAACUUUACAGAGAAAAUGAAGAUGGUACAGUUUAACAGCACCAAGAUUAACAAACGCUCACCAACCCAGACCGUUGCUCGGAGACAUCUCAAACUUCAUCUCAAGCGUGUGAGGGACCGAGAAUAUGCCAGACUCCGAGAUAUGGUACCGUCCAUCGCAAGCAAAGACAAAGUUUCAAAGGUUACAGUGAUUGAAGAAGCGGUCAAGUACAUUGACGAACUCCAUAGAGCCCUUAUUGAGCGCCUAAACAGCAAAGGUCUUCAAGACGGUUUGAUAAAUGAAACAAAUGUCAAAGACUUCGUCCACAACAUGAUGCCACAGACGUUUUUCAAGAAAGAUGAAAGUGCCAGCUGUUUUGAGAAACAACAAAAAGUCCCGUCAUUUUUAUUACAACGAAAAGGACCUAAAUCAUUUUAGAUCGUUACAAGCGCCCGUCCAACUCUGAUGUGAUAGCCAUGAUAUAUCUGUGAUAUACACAUUGUAAACUCCUCCUCCAAGCGUAUAAUCCACCGAGAUUUUGUGAUAUAUUGGACUGCUUACACCCACUAUUGUGUUCAUUCAUUACAACUACCGGAAGUGACGUCAGUCAAGAAAUCCUUCAGCAAGGUUUGCUUUCAUUACAAUACAACGAUCGGACGAAAGUGAUGUCUCCUCCAAACUCUUCUGGUGCAUCGUACAGACCGGAAGUGACAUCACCAAAUGACAAACGUGAUGUGAACCUGCCACUUUCGAUGAAGAGCUAUUAUCGACUUUCAAAAAGGCGCGACAGUUCCUGUCAGUAAUCUGGACGUCUCUCUGGUCCCAAAGAAAUAGGCGAGACAGUUCCAAAGACAUCCCUGACGCCUUUAAAGUCGGGGAUAUAUUGUGACACCAAGACUGCGUGAAAACUGACAGUAUCUCGUGCUGUACCUUCAAAGUCUCGCGUGAAAUGUGACUAAGUCUCGCGUGAAAUGUGGCUUCUGGAUUGAUGAUACCAGCGUGUCAGAUAAUAUGGCGAAUUUCGAAGAAAGUGGGAGAAUUGAAUUACAACAAUUUUUACCCCAUGUGAUUUACUUUGGGUAUUGUAAAUACCAAAGAGUUUUAACGUACUAGUCCCAAUGUUGUGUGUUGAUGUCGACAUCAAAUGUCGCGUGCUGAACUCUUGACCUUCUUUGACUCUUAUUAAGACAAUACAAAGGAGAAAGAUAAAAAUUGUGACCAGCAUUCCAAUCAUAGUGCCUAGCACUCACAUUUUUGUGUAUACCGUAAUAUUUAUUUAAAAUGUAUAAAUCAUAAAAAGCCAAAAAAUCAUGCAAUAAAAAUUACUAAAACGUUA